ACCAUGAGGUCUCUGGUCUUUGUUCUGCUUAUUGGAGCUGCCUUUGCCACCGAGGAUGACAAGAUCGUCGGAGGGUAUGAGUGCACGCCUCAUUCUCAGCCCCAUCAAGUGUCUCUGAAUGCUGGCUACCAUUUCUGUGGAGGCUCCCUGGUAAAUGAGAACUGGGUUGUGUCUGCUGCUCACUGCUACAAGUCCCGUAUUGAGGUGCGUAUGGGAGAGCACCACAUUGGAGUCACUGAGGGCAGUGAGCAGUUCAUCAGUGCUUCCCAUAUCAUCCAACACCCCAAAUACAACGGCUAUACUCUUGAGAAUGACAUCAUGCUACUCAAGCUGAGCAAACCCGCCACCCUCAACCAGUAUGUGCAACCUGUGGCUCUGCCCACCAGCUGUGCCCCCGCUGGCACCAUGUGCAAAGUCUCUGGCUGGGGCAACACCAUGAGCUCCACUGCAGACAGUAACAGGCUGCAAUGUCUGGAAAUUCCCAUCCUGUCUGAUGAGGACUGUCACAGUUCCUACCCCGGCAUGAUUGACCACACAAUGUUCUGUGCUGGAUACCUGGAGGGAGGAAAGGACUCCUGUCAGGGCGACUCUGGUGGUCCUGUUGUGUGCAACGGUGAGCUGCAGGGAGUUGUGUCCUGGGGCUAUGGCUGUGCUGAGAAGAACCACCCUGGUGUCUAUGCCAAGGUCUGUGUGCAGACUGAGUGGCUGCACAGCACAAUGGCCAGCUAUUAACUCUACUAUUCAGCUUCCACAUCAGACAGAAAACAAAAUUUUUGACAGUUCAAACACCAUAUUUUGUGAACUACUACAAAUAAAGAGUU